GCCUGCAGCAGUCCAGAAUGAGCUUCACCCAAACGAGUCCUGCAGCAUCUUCUGUCUCCUUGCUCCAAAAAUCCAUUUAGCUGAACAAACACCCCCGCGGUCAGUAACUGGAUUCCUGUCGCUGUCCUGCUGCAGAUUCGCUCUUUAUGGUGGGAGAAACCAUUGGUUAAACACAGGGCUGUUCCUGCUGGACUGUGACAGUUCAGUUGCGCUUGGCCUUUAACGUAUUCCCAUCAACUGAGUGUAAUUUGACUCUGCGCUCACAGAGGGGCUGGACAAUGCCGCUGGAUCCUGAUAAGCCCAGUACUAGCGAGGGAGAAUCCGGUGAUUCCAACAGAGAAAGAAGCGCAGAAAACCCAGAGGAAUCAGUAAAAAAGAGAAUUCGGCAGAACACCCCCAGCCCUCAACGAGGAAACACCCCCCAGGCAAGUCCACCCCGAUUCAUUUCUGUGGAAGAACUGAUGGAGGCGGCAAAAGGAGUCACCAACAUGGCGCUGGCACACGAGAUUGUACUCAGUGGAGACUUCCAGAUCAAACCUAAGGAACCCCCAGAGGGAAGCCUGGAGAAGCAUGUACGGGACAUUGUCCACAAAGCAUUCUGGGAUUGCUUCGAAGCACAGUUCCAAGAAGACCCUCCCGUGUACGACCAUGCCAUUAUACUGCUGGGGGAAAUAAAAGAGACACUUUUUUCCUUCCUGCUACCUGGCCACACCCGGCUAAGGAACCAAAUCAACGAGGUUCUAGACUUGGAGCUCAUCAAGCAAGAAGCAGACAACGGAGCUCUGAACAUCCCCAGGCUGGCUGACUUUAUCAUUGGCCUGAUGGGGACGCUGUGUGCGCCGGCCAGGGAUGAGGAGAUCAGAAAGCUCAGGCAUAUUAAAGAGCCCAUAGCGUUAUUCAGAGCAAUCUUUUCAGUCCUGGACCUGAUGAAGGUGGACAUGGCUAACUUUACCAUCAGUAGCGUCCGGCCGCACUUGAUGCAGCAGUCCGUGGAGUAUGAAAGGAAAAAAUUCCAGGAUUUCUUUGAAAAGCAACAAGGUUCACUUGAUAUUGUCACAAAGUGGCUGCAGGAGGUCGCCGAUACCCUCGCUCCAUCACGCUCGGAAGAAUCCGGCCCAGUAGCUACAGAAGCAGCGGAUAAAACUCUGUGUCCUGUCUCUGUAUUGAACCAGGCCUACAUCAAACUGCUCUCAUGGGAUCAUAGGCACAAGCUGUUCCCGGAGACUCUGUUAAUGGACCAAAUCCGUUUCCAAGAAAUGCAGAUGGAGCUUGCUCAGCUUACUCUUCUGGGGUCCUUGCUCUUAAUAACCCAUAAUUCCGCCGGCGCUGCCCUUUCUGGGCACCACGACUUCCAGGACAGAAUAAAGAACGUUAUUAAAGUCCUAUUACAGGACGUGGGCUCUGUACCCAUCAAUACAAAUGACGUGUUGGCGACUGUGAGUGAGAAGAUUUGCUUUGAGUUAAACCGUUCACUCGCUCAACAUGGGUUCACUCCAUUCUCAGCCGAGAGAGAGGCGGCGCUUAAAGGGCAGAUCCAGACUGUGGGAAGCCCCUCCAAUCAGGUUUAUCGGUUAAUAGACAACAGAAUUCAGACCUUUCUGCUCAACUCCUUGGGCUCCAGCAGCCUCCGGUCUCUCCCGGCCUUGCCAAGUGGACUUGGACCCAUUCAGAAAGAACUGGAGGAGAUUGCGGUGAAAUUUCUCCGCCUCGUCAACUACAACAAAAUGGUGUUCAGUCCACAUUACGACUCGAUCCUAAGCAAAAUACUGAAUAAGGAAGGAUCCCACGCUUGAGCUUGGAAUGAUUAAAUGUUAGGAGAAACCGUAGGAAUGGGUGAUGGUAAUUUCCGGGAUGCAGUAUUCCAUUGCGGAUACAAAUUUAAUGAUUUUUCUGGGGGGCGUAGCCCAAAGCCAACAUAUUAAGCAGAACGCCAGUAUGUAUUUCAUAGGAAUAUUAUACCUUUCAUUGAAGGGGCAUAUUUAUUAAACACAAUGUAUAACUUAAUGUAAAAGUGCCCACAGUGCUCUUUGGAGCACUUUAGCAAAUUUUUUUUAGAUUUCACAAUAUUAGCAGUUUUUACACUGCUAUUAAUAAGAAUGUGUUACAGGAGCGCCCUCUGCUGUUCUGUCCAGGCGCAGUACUAACGUAGGAAAUAUCCCCGGAAGAUUUUCUGCUCAUUUCUAUCCCUCUUGUCCUGUCUCCUGGAACUGAGCAGGGAAACAUCCGGAGAUGCUUUCUGCAGGAGUACGUUUGUGCCUUUCUGUCCUGUCCCAACCCUGACAGAACAGUAGAGGGAGCUCUAAAAAAAAAAAUUGCAAAAGUUUUUAAGAGAGGAUAUAUUAAGUUUCAAAAUUGGAUUUUGAAAAAAUUGCAAUUUUUUUCUGAAAAUCUGCUUUUUUUUUUUGUCGCAACCAACUGGUUUUCUCUGUGAAGGCAUGUUUUUCUUUUGUCAAUUGCAUUUUCCACCAUGAUUUCUGGAAAAACAAAUUCCAAAAAUUUUUGGACCCUCAAAAUCAAAUAAACCAGCCCUGAAUUUUAAUGGCUGUGUAUAUGCCCCCUUUAAACAAAAAAUUUUGGACUGAAGUUUCAUACCAAAAAUGCACAAGUUUACGGUAAACACCUAUCACCUAUCAGUUGUUUCCAUUGUGCCAAAAUAUGGAGACUUAUGGCACAAUGCAACAUUAUCCCCUUAUUUACCAAGCGGCAAAAAUUUUUGACAAAAUUCGGCGCAAAAAAUUAUUGGAUUUGUUUAUGGAUUUGUUGUCAUUGUAAAAAGGUUAUUUUGCCUGUGCAAAACUGUGCCAAUGAAGGGAAAAUUAUAAAUAUGUCCCCAUAAGACAUGGAAAUAGUAUUUGGGUAUCAAUUUAACUUUUAUUUUAUUUUUUUUAGCAAAAAAGGGAAUUUUAGACUGAUUUCAAAAACUUUAUAAUAUUUGUCAAGAGGUUUUAGAGGCAGUGUUUCUUUAUAUCAUAUACAUUUAUUAUAUAAAUUAUGAAUCUUAAAUUAUUUCUCGGAGAAGAUGUCAAACAUGGAGUAUCUGAUGAUUCCAGUUAAUAGGAAAGCUGAAGUGGAAAGGACGUUUAAAAAAGUUGCAUUUCACCAAUUUAAUAUUAUUGGCCUUCUUUGGUUUCUCUGUUAAUAAAAAAAAACUGGGAGCAAAUUUAUCAGCCAUCUAACUGGGGAAUCCAAAGUUUUCAUCUGUUUUGAGCACAAUUAGUGUUAGUGCGUGGGGCAGCUUGGUAGCAGGACUGAACACUAACACCCAUCACAACCCUCAACUCUAAUCAAUGUUCCAAUAUCCAUAAAUAAAUGUGGACCAUUCCUGAC